AUGAACCAAUCUGAUUCGGACCUCCAGAAAAGUGUUCGUCCAUCCAUUAACAAAUUAAUGGACGAAGUUCUAGAAGGUUUUGUUUGCCCAAGAGCUCAGUUCUGUAACAUUGAUUUUUUCGAGGUGAUGACAAAAGUGAUGGAACGGUUCCAGCCCUGUGCUGUUGUCUUGCAGUGUGGUGCUGACUCUUUGAACGGGGAUCGCCUUGGUCCGUUCAACCUGACGCUGCGAGGUCACGGAGAAUGUGUGAAGUUUUUCCGAGCACAAAACAUACCUCUUAUGAUGGUGGGAGGCGGCGGAUAUACUCCACGUAACGUUGCCCGUUGUUGGACUUACGAAACGACGUUAGCUGUGGAUCGCGAAGUUCCUGAUGAACUGCCUUAUAAUGACUACUUUGAGUACUUCGGUCCAAACUAUCGUUUACAUAUUGACCCAUCAAGUGCUACCAACGAGAACACACCAGAGUCAUUGCGGAGAAUCCAAGAGGCUGUCAUCCAAAAUCUUGAAAAACUGGCGUUUGCUCCAAGUGUCCAGAUGCAACCUGUACCUGAGGAUGCUAUAAAAGCUCUAAACGACUCCAGUCUUGGGCAAGACAUGGCAGAUCCUGACGUCCGUUUACACCGAUCGAUCAUGGAUGGGGUCGUACAAGACGCUGGAGAUUACUAUGAUGGCGAAAACGAGGGUGAUGAUCGACGAAAUGAGUGCAACGCCAAGAGAGCUGCUGAAGCAUCAGCACAUGAUCAAGUGGAAGCAAAAAAAUUGAAAACUGACGAGGCAAAAGUACAAUUGUGA